AUGCCAGUCACAAGAAGUCAAUCGAAGACCCUGGUCAGCCAAGACCCGAGCUCAGCACAGGAGGAUAAAAUCUCGAAGAGCGUGGAACAGGAACAAGCGACAACAGGGCCGUUCAUUGAAUGGCUUGAUCUUGACUAUUCCUACAACUCGAUCCUUAAGCAGACCAACAUCGACUGGAAGCUCAUUCUUAAGGCGGUGCGGGAAGUCGAUGGCUGUCGCCAAAUCACUUGGACAGUUCCCAUCGAAGAUAACCAGAGACUAUGGGUUAUUAUACAUUGGCGGCGAAGAGCUCGGCGAGACGAGUUUCGCCAGUCGGAUAUAAUGACACAAACCAUGAAAGAAGUUAUUUUCUUACCGGAUCCCGGUUCCCCAGACAAUUUCCGCAGCAGCCCUAACGACAAGGCUAUCUUCAUUCAUCGGUACAUGUAUACUUCUCAGAAGUUCAUACUGGAUUGCUUUUCUAAACGUCGUCGUCCUAAUAUGAUCUAUGAGGUCUGGAUAGUCUAUUUUCCGGCCGAAGAUAUUGUUGCUCUCUUGGAUUCGGACCCCUAUUAUAGAUUUCCAAGGAUGAUAAACCCCGGCUUUCUACCUCACGAAACAAAAGACCCUACCGGCGCGGCUUUGACACAGGUCACCGCCUUAGUGUCCGGCGAAGUCGAAUUCAAAGGGCGACGCUGUAAACGGAUUGCGUGGUUCAUGAACUGGAAAUCGACUGGAGAGGAGGAAAUCUAUAAAAAAACAGUAUGUUCUAGGAAAAAGAAUGCAGAGGGGCCGACAGUGAUGGAUAUCUUCAUCAAGGAACUACAGAGUCUCGGAAUGGUUGGAUACGAGUCCUGUCAUGCUAAGUUUGAGGAAAUAAAAAAACACACUUAG